ACAUCACUCUCCAAAUAUUAGUAAUGGCUCGUUUUGCAAUAUUUAUGUUUUUGAUUGCUUUGGUUAUUAUGUUAGUUUGUGUUGCACCAUGUUUUGAAGCAAGAAAACAAUUGAACACCAUGGAUAAGAAGAAGGUCACUAACCUGGCUUCUUCGGCCCCAUGCAAACGAGGUCACGUCAUAUUAGUAAAUACGAAAAAACUAUAUGUUGGUGGCCAUGUUGAUCGCAAUUUGGCGGUCCCUAGUCCUGGAAAUGGUAAUUUUGAUCAUAGUAUGCAAUCAGUUCCAAGUCCUGGAACUGGAAAUUUUGAUCAUAGUAUGGAAUCAGUUCCAAGUCCUGGAACUGGAAAUUUUGAUCAUAGUAUGCAAUCAGUUCCAAGUCCUGGAACUGGAAAUUUUGAUCACAAUAUGAAAUCAGUCCCCAGUCCUGGAAUUGGAAAUUUUGAUCACAAUAUGCAAUCAGUUCCAAGUCCUGGAAUUGGAAACUUUGAUCACAAUAUGCAAUCAGUCCCCAGUCCUGGAAUAGGUAAUUUUGAUCGCCCUAGUCUUGGAAUCAGCCAUGUUCAUCGCAAUUUGAAAUCAGUAUCGAGUAUUGGAAUUGUUAAGUCUGAAAGUCAUUCAGGCCCUAGUCCUGGAGAAGGCCAUGUUUAUCGCAAUUUGAAGUUAGUCCCAACUCCUGCUAUUGGCAAUGUUCAUCAUAAUUUGAAAUCAGUCUCAAGUAUUGAAAUUGUUAAGUCUGAAAGUCAUUCAGGCCCUAGUCCUGGAGAAGGCCAUGUUUAUCGCAAUUUGAAGUCAGUAUCAACUUCUGCUAUUGGCAAUGUUCAUCGCAAUUUGAAAUCAGUCUCAAGUAUUGAAAUUGUUAACUCUGAAAGCCAUUUAGGCCCUAGUCCUGGAGAAGGCCAUGUUUAUCGUAACUUGAAGUCAUUGUAAAUGGCAACUUCUAUUUAGUAGUAGGAUGCAAUAUAUUAA